UAAUCCACCAACUAAAAACGUGAUCUACCCACACACACACACACACACACACAAAUCAAUCCAACCACCCCGCCGCGUCCGAGCCCAGGGAGAAGAAAUCAGAUCACUGACGCGACGCGACUGAUCGUCGUCAUGAUCUGCUGACUGCUGCUGCUGCUGCUGCUGUUCUCGUGCCGUCGCCCGCCACAUCGCUUUUUCCACGCACCCUUUUUGGCUGCACGCAUACGCACGCGGCGCAGGUUUUUGUUCUGUGGUGGCGCCAUCCAUCCGUUACAAGUGCGCAGGACGGCGGCCCAGUUUUCUUCUUGAUCUCCUCCUCCCAGCCGGCGGCCUCCGCCUCCCUGCACUCUCGGUUCCCCCCGCAACUGCGCCGCGCCAUGGGGCCUCCGCGAGGCAGCAGGACAUUGCCUUGUGGCGUCGCUACGGCCUUCGUCGCCGCGGCGGUGGUGCUGGCCAUCAUCAUCUGGUCCGCAGCCGCUGCGGAUGUGGUCGAGGAGAGGCUGACGGUGCCCAUGACGAUCGUCGCCGGCGCCGCGUCGAGUGGGGCAGUGUGCCUCGACGGGAGCCCGCCGGCGUACCACCUGCACCGCGGCUCCGGCGCAGGUGCGCGGAACUGGCUGCUCCAGUUCGAGGGCGGCGGCUGGUGCAACGACGUGCGGUCGUGCGCGGAGAGGGCCGGGACGCGCCGAGGAUCCACCCGGCUCAUGCCCAAGGUCGAGUUCUUCUCCGGCAUCCUCAGCAACCGUCCGGCCAUGAAUCCAGACUUUUACAACUGGAACCGUGUGAAACUGCGUUACUGCGACGGCGGAUCCUUCAUGGGUGAUUCAGUAUAUAUAAACAGCUCCACAGUCCUCUACUUUAGUGGUCAGAGGAUAUGGGAUGCUAUCAUCACUGAUCUGCUUAGGAAGGGACUGGCGAGAGCCGAAAAGGUUCUGCUCUCAGGUUGUUCAGCAGGAGGCCUAGCCACAUUCUUCCACUGCGACAGCCUUAAGGAGCGGCUUGGAGGCAUUGUCACGGUGAAAUGCCUCGGUGACGCCGGAUUUUUUCUUGAUCUGAGUGACAUUUCUGGGAACAACACCAUAAGGCAAUUCUUUAGCAGCCUAGUCUCCCUGCAGGAAGUUCAGAAGAAUUUGAACAUAGACUGCCUGAAUUCAACAGACAAUGCAUACAUGUGUUUCUUUCCACAGUUCGCACUUCCAAACAUCCGAACCCCGUUUUUCAUCUUGAAUUCAGCUUAUGAUGUAUAUCAGUUCCAUCACAUUUUGGUGCCCCCUUCAUCUGAUCCUAGAGGCCAUUGGAGCCGCUGUAAGUCAGAUCCUGGUGCAUGCAGCACAGAACAGAUUGCUACCCUCCAAGGACUGAGAAGUGCAAUGUUGAUAUCUCUGAAACAGUUUGAAAGCAAACCAAUGGCAGGGAUGUUCAUUAACUCCUGCUUUGCACAUUGCCAGAGUGAGCUGCAGGACGCAUGGUUUGCACCAAAUUCUCCAUUGAUAGAUAACAAGAAAAUUGCAGAGGUGGUAGGUGAUUGGUACUUUGAAAGAGGUGCUGCCAUUGAGAUUGACUGCGCCUAUCCUUGUGAUUCAACUUGUCACAACCUUAUACCAUUUGAUCAGAAUGGAAUCUCUGGCGCCUGAAGUGGACCAUGGUUCAGUAGCAUUAACGUUUGCCCAAAAAAAUGAUUGAUUGCCUGUAUAUAUUGCAUAUUGUAUCACAAUUCAAUUUGGCACAUAGAUGAAUAAAAUGUAGAGCCAAUGCUCUUGAAAGAUAUGCAACAUUUGGUAUGUUUUUCCA